AUGCCAACCACUAGCUUGGGGAUUGUAGUUGUCUUGCCCCCGUUGCAAAUACCCACCACCAUCAUCACGUAUCCGCCUAUCAACACGACGUUUCUUGAGUUUGGAGGGACAGAUGAUCCAAGCCCGACCACUAUAACCAGCACCAUCUCACCUUCUCCAAUAACUACCACCGAAAUUAACUACUGGAACAUCAAUAUCACCUCCUUUGGUUCUUCCGGCACCACCGUCCCUAUUACAGUCCUCGUCUCCUCAAGUAUCCAACCAACUCCUUUCCCGAUCACCUUGCCGGACAAUGGAAUCACAAGCACCUUCUAUCCUCCUCCCUUUCCUUUCGUAACCAGUUCAGCGACCCAGAAUAACCCGACAGUGACCGUCUCGAAGGGAAAGCCUGGAUCGACCUACAAACAUAACUGCGGCCACCACUGCGAUAUAUUCUGCGGCGGUCCCUGCCGCUUUAAUUGUCCCCCAUAUCUGAACUACAAUGGAAUCAGUCCACCAGUAAUCCCCGGUCCACCCGGUCCACCCCCGGGACCGGGUCAACCUUCGUCGCAGUCGCAGUCUAGCUCUGAUUAUACGACAACCACAACGUCCGAGUGCAUGAAUUAUUGUACAACAACGAGCUCGACAUCGACGGCUUGCUCAUCGACUUGCUCCAGUAUUGUCGCCUGCGAACCAAACCCGACGGAUGGAGGGGUGGUUUUCGCACCAAUGAUUGCCGCCGCUCAGGACACAUGGGUCCCGUGGGAUGGUAAUACGAACGCAGACUUCAUUGUGUACACUUCAAUGUUAAACCUGAUGGAUUCCAUAUUGCCUCUUCCAAUCACCUCAGCAUCACCAACCUCAGCAUCAUCAACGCAAAGUUCCACCGCACCAACCCCAACAUUUACCUAUGCGCUGUGGUCGCAAUACUAUACCCAAGACGAAUGUGUUGACGCGCAUUGCCACCCUGAGACCUAUCUUUACAAUUUAUUUGCAAUGACGGAGAACCUCGCCGAUGCGUGUAAUCCGAAGCACCAAACUGAGAUGCAGGAUGGCAAUACCGGACUGUAUGACGGAACCCCGACAACCAACAUGAAAUUCAAUAACGGCGUCUGUGGAGGCCCCGGCCCGUACUGGUGCAAUCAGACCUCCGGUACCACGACCUGGGCUUGUGCGAACUUGAGUGGUGGAGACGUUGGCUCCUGUUGGCCACAAAGUGAAAAUGCGGAUCAGAUUCCAGCGUAUUGCGGCGACUAUACCUAUGAAUUGUCCCUUUACUGUGAAGGCCCUUGGAAUUGUGACUCGUAACAAGCCCACAGAUUGUGUGUG